AUGGCUCAAGCAGCCAAACGGAAGCUCGUGGUCGCCGGCGGGAAUGGCUUCUUGGGUUCCCGCAUUUGCAAGUCCGCCGUUGCUCGAGGGUGGGAUGUCACUUCAAUAAGCCGAACAGGAGAACCAACGUGGUCAUCUGUGUCCUCAGAAAACAUGCCCCCCUCAUGGUCUACUUCGGUAACCUGGGCUAAGGCUGACAUCCUAAAGCCGACAUCCUACACCUCAUACCUGAAGAACGCCGACGCUGUUGUGCACACCAUGGGCAUCCUCCUCGAAGCAGACUACAAGGGUGUCAUCUCGGGUAAAGAAUCCGUUGUCUCCGGGCUGUCACGGGCAUUCAGUUCAACGAAAUCAGGCAGCGCAGCAGAUCCACUCACACGCACCCCUGGUGCAGAGUUGGGUAAAGGUGAAAAAGACGGUCAGAUCACUUAUGAGCUCAUGAACCGAGACAGUGCAAUCGCACUGGCACAAGAAAGUGAACGCGAGAAUGUCAAGACCUUUGUCUAUAUCUCCGCCGCGGCCGGUGCCCCUAUGCUUCCCUCGAGGUAUAUCACGACCAAGAGAGAGGCCGAAAGUACAAUCGCCAGCCAAUUGGUGAAGUUGCGAUCUAUAUUUAUCCGACCCGGCUUUCUAUACGAUAGUAGCCGAAUGUUCACUCUUCCAAUUGCUGCGUCUGGAAUGGUGGGCAGUACGGUGAAUAGCCUGGUAGGUGGUAACUUAACCAAGCUAUUCGGUGCGGCCGUAGAGAAGCCGCUGAAGGCAGAUCUUGUGGCGGAUGCGGUAGUUGAGGCCAUCGAAGACGAAGGGACUAGGGGCGUGAUCGAUACAAAGCUGAUUGAGGCAUUGGCCGCGAAGGCUUGGAGGAAGGGAAUGCUCUGA